AUGACGACUAUUCUCUCCGACGAGCUCUUGGCUCAUGUUGUAAGCUUCGCCGCGCCGAGGGACGUCGAGUCUGUCACUGUGGCGGCGCCUGUGGUCGCUCGUAAUGUGGUACCACGGUUUCCAAUCAUCUGGAAGACCAUCUUUCGCCGCCGUUGGGAGGCACUCAACUUUCCACUGGACAGCGGCGCACAUCUACAAAUGAACGAAAAAUUGGACACUCUGUUUCCCAGUUCGUGCACUGAGAGUCGCAAAUUCCAGUUGCUGGCCCACGCAAUUGUCCCCGUGCCUUCCUUUGCUGACAUUAGAGAGACGCAGAAGGCUCGGGGCUACACAGAUGCAUACCAUCGAAUUGUGUCGCUGCAUGCCCCAGGGUUAAGGGAAUCACACUCCGUCGACUUUGCUCUGGAUGGAGGCAUGCUGGGGGAUGAUCGAUGUGUUCGGGCUAACAUGCCUUUCCCGACUACGUUUCAUGUUGCGGUCUAUCAAUGCAAUCCAACAGAAGAAGCCAAUGCACACGGACAAACACGGCCAGUGUAUCAAGUCGGCGUGGUUCCCGGAGGAUACUUCGAGCUGAGUCUGUCGAAACGACAGCACCGACACGCUAGGGCUCCCACUCUUUCAGGCCAAGAAGCUAUGACGUCUAUUGGUCUGGUGAACUCGAAGUUCCCGCUGGUGGGCAAGCAACCAGGGUGGACACGGAUAUCACACGGAUAUCACGGUGAUGACGGUCGAUACUAUCACGGCACUCCUUUUGAGCAGGGCCGUCGGCUUGGUCCAGUGUUCAAGUCCGGCUCUACAGUUGGUUGCGGAAUCCGCAUCAAUCCAAGAACAGGGACAAUGUUUGUAUUCUUUACAAGUAAUGGCGAGUUAAUCUCUGGCGAGGAUGGCGCUUAUGUGGAGUGUGGGCAUCAAAAUUGGUACCCGGCGGUUGGACUGGACUCGUACGACGGGUUGCACCUCAACUUUGGCCAAGAACCUUUCGUGUGCAGUGCUAUCACUGAUGAGCUGUUCGAAGAGUGCAAUGAUAUGGCGACUGCCGUUUCAGAGCAACUGCAGUGGUACGAUAUCAGUGACUCGGACUGCCAGAGCUCCGAAGAUGAAGAGGACGACGACAACAAUGAUUUAGGAGAUGGGUUUGGAUCGGACAUGUCGGACGAGGCAGACUGA